GGGCGGAGCGGGGCCGGCGGCGGCCGCGGGGAGAGGAAGAUUAAGCAACGAUGGCAUUUGUGAAGAGUGGAUGGCUGCUCCGGCAAAGUACUAUUUUACGGCGUUGGAAGAAGAACUGGUUUGAUCUGUGGUCUGAUGGCCGCUUAAUAUUCUAUGAUGAUCAAAAUCGCCAUGAUCUAGAAGAUAAAAUCCACAUGAGAAUCCACUGCAUCAACCUCAGAGUGGGGAAUGAAUGUCGAGAUUUCCAGCCUCCAGAGGGGAAGCAGAGAGACUGUUUGCUGCAGAUUGUUUGCCGUGAUGGGAAGACAGUCAACCUCUGUGCAGAGAGUGCAGAUGACUGCCUGGCAUGGAAAAUUGCUCUUCAGGAUGCCAGGACAAACACAGGCUACGUGGGAUCUGAUGUGAUGUAUGAUGAGACAGCCAUUUCCUCAGCCCCUCCUCCCUACACAGCUUAUGCCACACCAUCACCUGAGGUUUAUGGCUAUGGCUACGAUCAGUACAAUGGUGCGUAUCCCCCAGUGGGCCCUCAGAUCUUCUAUGCCUCCAAUGGACAAGCUUAUGCUUUUCCUUACCAGUAUCCAUACCAAGGACCUUAUGGCCAGCCCCCUGCAAACCACGUCAUCAUUCGAGAGCGUUACCGUGACAGCGAUGGAGAUCUUGCACUGGGCAUGCUGGCUGGAGCAGCAACUGGAAUGGCUCUGGGAUCAUUAUUUUGGGUCUUCUAGAUUACCCUUUCCUUAUCUCUGUAGUUCCAAAACCUUUUAUUGUGUGCAAUAAUAUAUUGGCAAUGUUGUUUACUGUUAAACUUCGAAAAAUGCAGUAGUUAUUUUUCAGUAGUGACAUCUUAAUAACUGAUUUUUAACUGUCUUAAUGAGAGUUUAAAGGCACCAUUUAGUUAAGUGGUUGGAAAUGGCAUGUGCUGCUCUUGAAUUCUGGUCUGAUGUUCAGAGUUACAAGGAUCAAUAUGAGCACCAGUGGUAGCAGUCACCUGCUUUAUUGGGGGAGGGGUGUAAGAUCUAGUUCAAAUAAGGGAUUAACAGGACUCCUGCAUUAGUAGACACAUACUACUGACUUUUAAACAUUCCCUGGAAACACAUAGAGUUCAGCAGAGAUUCCUUGGCAUUAAACAGUCUGCCAUGCUUGAGGUUUUUUGUUUUUGUUUUUUUUUGUUUUCAGACUUGCAUGCAGAUGGUAAUGUGUUUUCUUAGGUGGAGCCCUGUACCUGCCUCUCACACCAUCCAGGUGAAGUUGUCUCUGAGAAUGUAUGAGCAAACCACUAAGAACUGGCAGCACUCCUCAAUUCUUUUAUUCUCCCAGAAAUGUGAAUGACUGGUGGCAAGGAAGAGCAGUGUUUGUUGUUCUAGCUCCCUCUUUAUCCUGGAUGACUCUUCUCUGGACAGAUGGAAGUACAAGGUCUUUAGCUUUGCAGGUGUUUGCAGAACAGCAACCUCAGACACUGCACCAGCUGCAUUGUUAGGAACCAGCCAUUGUCCAGUGUCUGUGCUCAUUACUGCCAUGGCUCUGCAGAGGCUGCAGGAGAACUUGAAACAGGAGCUUGAACUGCCCUUGCUCUGCUGGGCCUGCCAGCCCCUCUGUCAGGAGGGGAGAGACAAGCAGCACAAGUAGACCUUGCACACGGGCACUUUGAUAGCAGCUGCCUUGCCAGGGCUAGGAUAGGAGGCCUGCCUCUUAGCCACCAAGGUUUCUUGAACCAGGUUUCUUAUUUGCAACUGAAUUUGAGCACAGCUGAGCCUGGGAAUGUUCUCCUCAGAUUCAGCAGGUUUCCUCUUCCCUCCAUGACUUGUUGAGAAAAACACUCCAAGGAAGCUGCCUGCCUUUGCUUGUAUGUGUGGUUUCUCUACUCAGUGUGCUGUGGCCUGUCCCCGGGAGUGCAGCUGUUCUGUGUGUUACAUGGCUUGUUCUAAUCCAUGCUGAGCUGUGCUUGGCAGGGAAGGAAAGCUCUCAAGAAAUGCAUGGGCUUUCUUGUUCAGGUAAAUAAGGCAGGGUGCCUAAGUUGAGUUCUUAUAGUAAGAGGACUUAUUUUUAUACUUCCACUUUUAGCUUCCUGUAUUUGCAUACUGUUUUAAUGUUAGGUCUUACUUAUGCUUCCAUUUAGAAGGUUAAUUUCCCUAUGGUUCACAAGGUUUCAUGUCAGGAAAGAUGAAAAUAGAUGAGAACUUGCACCCGUAUAAAUUUAGCUGAAGUCCCAAUCUCUUCUCCAUUUUAUCCUAAAACUCUCUUAGCUCUGUCCUACUUACUUGGGCAAUAGAGGUCCUGGACAAGAGUUUGUGUAGCAGCCAGGGGAAGCAGUAGGCUUUCAUGAGCCGUAGGACUAACUAAACCAAAUGGAAUCACUGGACGUAAACAGACAGAUGUGGCUGCUUUACUAAGAGUGGCCUAAUCCAGGGAAGGUAAACUGCUUUCAGGAGGCUGGCUCUGAGCUGUACACCAAUGUGCAUGCUUGUCCUUUCACAGUUUAACACAAGCUGCACGUGUUCUGCCGCUCAGAUGUACCCAAAGGACUUUCUGGAAGUGCAAAAAGAGGACUAAAGUGAAAGUUUCCUAUUGCUAGUCCAAACCAAAGGAGGUUGCAGUACACCACUGAAGCUCUCUUUGAGACCUGGUAGCCUUGAGAUCAGAAGGGGAUGGAAUGUGAGUGAACAAACAUGUCUGCCCUUUUAAAAAGCCCUUUAAGAGGUGAAUUUGAUUACAGGUCUAUGCUGCUCUUCCAUUUGUGCUUUGCAAUAGCAAGUUCUGCAGAACACCUCCAUCUCCUUCCUCUGUGAUUCUUGUAAGGAUUAGGGGAGAAUAAAACAAUUGGGCAUUAUAUGGUUUUUUUAAAUUUCCUAAUGAUUGGGAAAGGAUAACACAAAGUGAAUCAGCUGGGUUUUUUUGUUUUGGUUUGGACUUUUUUUUCAGAACUGUUAGUCUCAGCAGGGGAACAUGUCUUUUGUGUUUUCAGGAGAUAACUCUGUCUAGGUUCCUGGUUUCUUCAAGUGAAGUAUAUAAAAUAAAGAUUGUUGAUUGCAAAACA